CAGCCAGUCGUCGCCGCGAGUCCGCUGUGCUGGUGUCGCCUGCACAGAGGGAAGCCAGGAUGACGGGGCGGAGCAGCAAGGAUGGCACUGGCUCUUGGCAGGGCUUCGACGAGGGCCUCGAGGAGUACAAGGAGAACAUGCUCAAGGACGAGUGGUGGUCCAAGUGCGCGAAGGACAACCCCGACGCCGCGAGACCGCGAGGCCCUCCUGAAGAGCAUCCCGGGCAUGGCGUCCAUCCUGCCCGCGCGCUCCGGCCAGGUGCCCCCGGUGGGCGCCGAGCUGGACGCGCCCCUCACCAAGACGCACCGCCGCCGAGGGCGCCGAGGGUGCCAAGGCCGACGCGCCCGCCGAGGGCAAGGCCGCGAAGGCCGCGCCCCCGCCCAAGGCUGACGCGAAGGCUGCCAAGCCCGAGGCGCCCAAGCCUGCUCCUGCCAAGCCCGAGGCGCCCAAGCCUGCAGAAGCCAAGAAGGGAGCUCCAGCCAAGCCCGAGGCACCGAAGCCCGCUGAAGCAAAGAAGGCAGCCCCUGCUAAACCUGACGCACCGAAGCCUGCUGAAGCGAAGCCAGCUGAUGUCAAGCAGGCAGCCCCUGCUAAGCCCGAGGCACCCAAGCCAGCUGAGGCUAAGCCUGCUGAAGCCAAGCAGGCAGCCCCUGCUAAGCCUGAGGUACCUAAGCCUGCUGAGGUCAAGCCUGCUGAAGCCAAGCCAGCUGAGGCCAAGCCAGCUGAGGCUAAGCCUGCUGAAGCCAAGCAGGAAGCCCCUGCUAAGCCUGAGGCACCCAAACCUGCUGAAGCCAAGCAGGCAGCUCCUGCCAAGCCCGAGGCACCCAAGCCAGCUGAAGCCAAGCCUCCCAGAGAAAAGAAGCCCUCAGAAUCGGAGAAGCCUCCCCGGGAGAAGAAGGCGUCGGAAUCCGAGAAGCCCAAGCGCGAGAAGAAGCCCUCGGAGUCGGAGAAACAGAAGCGGGAGAAGAAGCCCUCGGAGUCGGAGAAGCCUCCCCGGGAGAAGAAGCCCUCGGAGUCGGAGAGGCCGAAGAAGGAGAAGCGGCUUUCCGAGUCCGACAAGGCCGCCAAGCCGCCCGCAGAGGCAGCCCCGAAGCCGGACGCCCCCAAGCCACCAGCGGCCCCCGCCAAGCCGCCGGAAGCCCCUGCGAAGCCUGCAGAAGCUCCCGCCAAGCCUGCCGAACCUCCUGCUAAACAGGAAGCCCCUGCUAAGUCUGCAGCUGCCCCCGCCAAGCCCACGGAAGCCCCCGCCAA